UUCGCCCGUCAUACAGAAAAUUUUUACCUGUUUUCAGUCGCCAUUUUGUAUGUAAGCUUCCAUCCAUUAAAAUUUCACGUUCAUACGGAUUUUCAAAACAACUUAUUUCAGAAUAAUUUUCCCUUGUUCAAAAUGCAGAGGCAUUUAUAACCCCUGGCUAGUUUGAGCCAGAUUUGAUUUAUAAUAGGGUAAUUAAAACAUAUCCGAAAUUAACGGCAAAUAAAAGUUGAUCGGCUCAGGCUGCUGAAAUUCAGAAAAUAUUGUUUCCGGCUACAACGAUGACACCUGAUCUUCCGAUGUCAACCGAAGAACAAGAAUCUCGCGACUUUGUAUGCAGGUGGUCAGGCUGCGGUCAGGACCUGGAGUCGAUGGACGAGCUGGUGGCGCAUCUGACGGCGACACACAUGGCGACCCAGCAGGGCGGCUCUUACCACUGCAUGUGGCAGGGCUGCUCUAGGGACAAGGGAUUCAAUGCCAGGUACAAAAUGCAAAUCCACAUACGGACGCACACGAACGAGCGGCCGUUCCAGUGCACGGAGUGCGGCAAGCGUUUCACGCGACACGAGAAUCUUCGUAUCCACGCCCGCACCCACACCGGUGAGAAGCCGUACGUAUGCGGCGUGCCAGGCUGCGGUAAGGCAUACAGCAAUUCCUCUGAUCGUUUCAAGCACUCGCGCACACAUCAGGUCGACAAGCCCUAUGAAUGUCGGCAUCCGGGCUGCGGCAAAAGAUAUACCGACCCCUCAUCCCUAAGAAAACACGUCAAAAUAUACGGCCACUCGUCUAAAAAACUGGAAGAUCCCUCCGUAACUGCAAUCCCUCCUCUUUCGAUAUCCCCUUUGUCGUCGGGUUCCUCGUCUCUUGGAGCCUCGCCGAUCCCGAUGACGCCUACACCUCCUUCACUUCUGCAACCAUCUUUUUUCCCGAACUCCAAUUCUUCUAUGGGAGCUGUAAACAUUUCUUCUCAAAUGACGGCAGCAGCGUGGACCGUUGCACUGCAGCGGUAUCAGUCAGACAUGCGGCAAUACCAAAGUGCUUCUGAUAGCUUGCGGCAGUACCAGACUGAGAUGAUCUUGAGAGGGAGCAGCAGCAUGUCGAACAUGGACAUCAACCUGGCAACUGCAGGCAUGAUGGCAUACAGUCCUUUGAGCACGACAAACAACGACGAGGAAGAUGAACAAAAUCAAGAAGAAGAAGACGAUGAGGAUGAAGAAGGAGAUGACAAAGAUCAUGUUGGAAUGAGCAUGUCAGGUCUAAUGGAAAGCUCGGCGGCGCUUGAUCUGUCUAUGUGCACGUCGCCUUUAGAUCUCUCAAUGCCUUCGUCUAGGAGACGAUACCAAUAAUUCAUUAUUAUGCUUCUUUAAAGUCACAAUUAAGUUGUGUUAAAUCGUAAGACUGCUACGAACGGUUUAUAUUAUUUAAGCACUGAUCGAGCGAAAAAUUCUGAACUAAAUACUUGAAUUUAUGAACAAUAUUAUUUGGCACUUCAACGUGGUCUUGUACUGUCACGUGCGAAACACUAACCAAUUAUAAUACAGCACAUUGAAAACUGUAGAUGUUCACACAUAUUUAUUCACAUGAAACUGAGAAUUACUGUUCCACUUGGAAUACGCGUAAUUUUACAGAAUCACAAUUGUUAGCGAACAAUUGAAAGCAAUACAUUGGCCGAGAUAAGAUAAGUUAAAUGAUAGUAUUCCCGCCCAAAUUAUCCAUGAACGAAACUUGCCUCUUUCUUCCCAUGGUUAUAAUAUGUGGUCAUUAACAAUAAAAUUACACUAGCUUGAGGCUUCAUACUAGGCGUUUCUUUUCGGGUAUAUCCACUGAAAAUUGACUAUUUAAUUAUAAUGUACAACUAACAAAAUUGCAGGAAAAGGAACAAAUAGUUAACAAAUUGAGUAGUUUUCAACUUGUAACAACUUAAUAACAUUAUACUUAAUGAAUUUAAUAAAUCAUUGGCGGGUGAAGAAUCAACGAAAAAUAAUUUGUAUUCUUAGAAAAGGAAGUAUUAAAGUCUUCUGACAAGCUGUCAGAAGACUUUAAGAGGAUUGUAAUUAAUUGUAUAAAUAACAGGCUCAAAUUAAUGUGCAACAUAUGUGGGGUCUUUGCAAAUUGAGCUAUUUAAAUGUCUGUACAGGUAAUUUAAAUUUUGUACAUAAACACGUGCCAUAUAAACACUUGUUAAUACUUUAUUGAUGACGUUGGAAUGAAAUUGACAUUUGGCUGAAUAAGCCCGCUUCUAGGUAAGUUCUACAGUAAUAUGUAAUAAAUUUAUUCCAAAAUUCCAUGUGUAAUUGACUGUACAGUGUACUUCAUGUACCUUAGGUAUGUCUGCACAGAUGCACGCAACUACAGACCUAUGUAUUAAAUAAUAGCGAUAGAGGCUCAAAUAAAUAUCUUUUGGCAUUUGAUUUCCCACCGACAUGCCAACGGAUUCACCGUUUUUAGUUGUUGAAUAAUUGUAAGAUAACUUUUCAGAUCAGAGAAAAUGUCGGUACAUAGCUGACAUAGUUUCUGUCAUCGCAAUAUUGUGAAUAAAAUAUAAAAAUCUUA